UCAAGUACUAGGAAAUAGGAAUUCUAUUUUCAGUAUAGAAUUGUAGAUAUGACUUUUAAGCAUGCCACAUGGAUAAUGCAGUAAAUUAUUUUAUUACCGGUACUAGUUUCCAGAAUGACUAUAUAGUUGUGUGUUUGUGAGGAGUACAAGUAAUUAACAAGUAGGUACUUCGAUUGAUCAAUCCAUUAAUUGGGGAGAAUAUGUUCAACUCCAGCCGCAAAGGGAUGACAAGAAGCUCCUCCUUGUUGCAUGUGAAUAAGGAUAUUGGUGAGCUGGUAUGGGAAAAUGGUGAAGUUAAAGUGCAAGGAAGAGGAGCAGCAGUGGAAGAAAGAGCAGCAAAGUUAGACAGAUUUUACUGCUCCUCAAUUUUGGAUCAAAGCAAGAAGCAGAUCCAACAAGGAUGUUCAAACUUCAAACUCAUUAGUAAUACAUAUUCCUCCUCCUUAUCAGAACAGUGCAAGAAACCAAGAAUAAUAGAUUUUUCAGGUUCAGCACAAGCAAAAACAAAAUCACACACACUACAGCACUUGGGUACUUGCAAUAAUAAUAAUAAUAAUAAUAAUAAUAAUAAUAAUCAGAGGACAUCAUUAGGAGGAGGAAUGGUGAACUUCCCAAACUUCUUGGUUCCUUCACUCUUCCUCAACAAAUCUUCUUCUUCUGCUGCUGCUGCCACUAGUAGUAAAGGUCAUGAUCAUUCAUCUGUGGUGAUUGAUUCUUCUAAUAAUAACAAAGCAGCAACACAAGAACUCAAAGAAACACCUUUUCAUCAGGUACAACCACUUGAUCAACACUCUCAUGGUCAAAAACUAUAUCACGGAGCCUCAUCAAGUUCAGCAUCACCACCACCACCUAAUAAUAAUAUUGAGCAACACUUGGUAGUAGCAUCUUCUCCUGUAAGCUCUAUUGGAGCCUCAAACGACCCUGACAUUGGUAUUAUGAGGAAGCAGCAUGAGGAAUACAGCAACAUCACUGAUCAUGAUCAUGAUCAUGAUGACACCACAACAUAUAUAAGUGAUGAUGUAAGUGAAGAAGCUGGAACAACCACCCUGUGGCCUAUAGUAUCUAUAAUACAUUAUUAUCUAUUCAUGCAGGAUGAUGAAGAAACAGAAGAUGUAAUAAUAGCAAAGGAAACACCAGCUGCAGGUACCAGAGCCAAGAGAAGCAGGGACCCAGAGGUUCAUAAUUUAUCUGAAAGGGUCAACAAGAGGAUUCAUACAUUGAAAGAACUCAUACCCAAUUGCAAUAAGAUUGAUAAAGCUUCAACUCUUGAUGAUGCAAUUGACUAUCUUAAGACCCUGAAGCUUCAGUUGCAGAUAAUGUCAAUGGGGAGAGGACUUUGCAUGCCAUUGAUGAUGUUACAUAAUCAUCAUAAUCAGUUAAUGUGUUAUAGGCCAUCAUCAGGCACAGGCAUUCCCCAUCAAAACAUGUUUGAUGGUUUCUUCAACCAAAUGAGGCCUAUGAUUAUACCACCAUCACCACCUUUCAUCAAUCCGACUCCACCACUUGCGCCAUUGUCAAUCGCCAAUUCUUCCAGUCGUGAUGUCUCACAUGUUCAAGCAAUCAAUAAUGGUGAUCAGGUUUCCCUUCACCAACACACAACUAGCAGCAGCUACCCCUUCUAUUUUCCCACAAUCAUCAAUCAGGAGGAAAAGAAUAAUUAUGGAAUGGAAUAGCAGAAUAAUGUAAAGUAGUUGAUAGCGUAAAGUUGGUUAACACUUUACACAAAUCAAGAUAGUGCUGCUUCAUUCCAUGCUUUACAGCUUUCACAUGUAUGUACCGUGUACCCAUCAAAAUGACCCACACAAACUUGAGUAACCUUCAUUAGUUGUCAUGUUCUAGCAUUUUAUCAUCACGACUUUACUUUAUUAAGAAAUCAAGAUUUUUAAUAAUUUGAA